AUGAAGCUGGCAUUAGUAGUCAUCGUAGUCGCUUUAAGCGGCUUCGUUGCAGUCGCUGGGCAGGUUUUGGAGCCUGCCAACCAGCAGGUGAAAUAUGCGGAUAAGGAAUUUUUGGAGAAACAAAAAUUUUUGCUCGAAAUCGUUUACCGCAUGGAGAACCCGCUGUUGUUCGAAGAAUAUCUGAAAUAUGCCAAGGAUUUUCAUUUCGACAAGUCUGACUACACUCAAUAUGACCAAUACAUGGAGACGUUCCAGAAGGCCUACACAUCAGGCUACCUAUUACCUAAAGGCGAAUUCUUUGGUGCUAUGGUAAAGUCGCACAUAACCCAAGCGUGGGGCCUCUUCAAUUACUUCUACUACGCGAAAGACUUUGACGCCUUCAUGAAGGUGGCCAGCUGGGCACGUGUGCACGUCAGCGAAGGCAUGUUCGUGUAUGCGCUCACCUUGGCCGUGAUACACCGUGAUGAUUUCGAAGGUCUGAUGUUGCCAGCAAUCAAUGAAAUUCUACCGCAACACUUCUUUACGAGCAAGUUGAUACUCGAAGCGGAGAAAUUCGAUUAUGACGUUUGGAGCAAACAGAUUAUGUACGAGAAGGAGUAUAAGGACUUGCUCUAUGCCGACAAUAAGGACUCAUAUAACAACUAUCCACACAUCUAUACCAAGGACUGGAAGACGUGGCAGUGGUGGAAAAUGAUGGGUCUGGGUGAGCAUUGGUAUCAUGAGAAGAAGUACAUGCUGCGCGAUAAUAUCGAAGAGUUCAGUGAAGAUGCCACCAAUAUGGAUUUGGUCAAUUACGUCAAUUCCACGACGAACUUAUUCUACAUGCCGACUGAUUACACGCGUGACUUAGAGUACGAUAAUGAGCACUCGAAAUUGUCCUACUUCACCGAGGACGUGGACUUGAAUGCUUAUUGGUACUAUGCCAACAUUGAUUACGCCUUCUUCUUGAACAGCACCAAAUAUGGCUUUGAGAAGGAGCGCCGUGGCGAGUAUUGGGCUUACAAUUUACAAACAAUGGUGGCCCGCUACUAUUGGGAACGUUUGUCGCAGGAGCUCGGCGAAACGCCAGAGUUCUCCGGUAGGAGCGUCUACGUACAGGGUUACAAUCCACAAUUGAUUGGCUAUAAUGGCAUCGGUUUUGGUUAUCGUCAAAACAAUUUCGAUUAUAAAAGAUAUGACAAGCUGCAUCAGUACAAUAACUUUUAUGGCUAUUAUACGCGCGUUACUAUGCAACUAGAUCAGGGACAUUUUACAACCAACAACGGCACAGUUGUUAAUUUGCGUAAACCAGAAGCCAUUGAAGUGUUAGCCAAUUUAUUGGAAUGCAACGCGGACUUAUUCGACUCAUAUUUCGAUACAUAUUGGCGCGUGCUCUCUCACACCUACUUUGCUAACGCAGAUGUCGAUGCGCUGCAUUUGCUGCCGCACACGUUCGUCAAUUUCGAGACAAUGCAGCGUGAUCCCUUCACACACAGCUACUAUAAGCGCUUCCUUCAAGUGAUCCUCAAAUUUAAAUCGUUCCUGCCACCCUACACCAAAGCUGAACUGCUACUACCUGGCGUAAGCAUUGCGGAUGUCCAAGUCAGCGAAUUGGUCACCUAUUUCGACUUCACCGACUUUGAUGUGAGCACUUUGUUAAAUGAUAAAAUGCUUUUCGUAGAUGGCGAAUUCAUUUGGCACACGACACUAUUGGCGCGCCAACAACGUCUCAACCACAAGCCAUUCACAUUCGAUUUCACCAUAGUGUCGGAUAAGUCACAAAAGGUGGUCAUACGUGCCUUCCUCGGUCCGAAAUUCGAUCAAAACAGACGUAGUCUUUCGUUGGCGCAAAAUCACGACAGUUUCAUUGAAAUCGAUGAAUUUAUCUAUCAGUUGGCUGCUGGCAAGAAUACAAUCAAGCGCAGCUCGCAGGACUUCUACUGGACUAUUGAUGAUCGCUCCACCUACACCGAGCUCUACAAGUCGGUAAUAUUGGCCUACGAGGGUGCGCAUCAGUUCUCGUUGAAUGCAAGUCAGCCGCAUUGUGGAUUCCCCGAUCGUCUUUUAUUGCCUCAGGGUUGGGAGAAGGGUUUCCCAAUGCAGUUAUUCUUCUUUGUCGCACCCUAUACUGGUGCUCAUGAGCACUUCCCUAGCUACACUUCGUAUACGUGCGGUGUUGGUUCGGGAAAACGCUACAUCGAUGACUUACCAUUCGGCUAUCCAAUAGAUCGGCCGAUCGAUGAAGUGGAAUUCUUUGUUCCCAAUAUGUUCAUGAAGAAUGUAAAAGUGUAUCAUGAGGAUAAGUUAGAGAAGUACUUUGACAAGAAGUACGAGAAUUUCGGCAACUUCGAUUAUGCAUAUUAAUUGUCAUAGCGGUAAGAAUUAUAGGUACGAAGAGA